GGCACUCCGGUCGCGUUCCGACCCGCGACCUGACCUUCGGGGACCAUGGGGUGCUGCCCGGGGGAUUGCGUCACCUGCUGUCCUCAGGAGCAAGACUGCUGUGAGGUGUGCUGCUGCCAGCCCGCCUGCUGCGGUUGCUGCGACUGCUGCGCCUCCUGCUGUGGUUCCUGCUGUGGCUGCUGCGGAGGCUGCGGAGGCUGCGGAGACUGCGGAGGCUGCGGAGGCUGCGGGGGCGGCUGCUGCGGGUCUUCCUGCUGCGGAUCGGGGUGCGGGGGUUGCGGGGGCUGUGGAGGCUGCGGAGGCUGCGGGGGCUGCUGUGGAUCCGGUUGCUGCGGCCCUUCUGGGUGCUGCGGCCCGGUGUGCUGCCAGCCCACGCCUGUCUGCGAUACCAAAUGAAGAUCUUUCGCCCACCUCUGCCCGGAGGCUGCCUCCAUGUGCUCCAGGGGGAGAACCUUUGUCUCCAGGCUCUUCCCGGCCCCCGGGGACAGUGUCCUGCCUCUCGAUGUCAUUUGUAGCAGAAGACUUGUUCUCCAAAGCCUGCCUGGGGUUCGCAAGGCACUGAGAACCCAGAGCCAAGUGCUGGUGAGAAAGGAAGACGGGGUCUCAUCUAAAAUGGUACCCGAAGCUCAAAGGGUUGAAUAAUCCCCAUGAUUUUUUUUUUUUUUUUCAAGACGUUAAGAGAGCAUCUUCUCAUUCAAGGUGGCUUUAGGACUGACACCGCCUCCGCCCCCCCCCCAUGCUUUCUGCUGCUUUUGAGAUGCAAAAAUUCCUCUUUGUUAACUUAAUAAAUGCAAGCAUGCUGCCAUAACUCAA